CGCGAGCCGCGCCUGGGACGGGGCUGGCUGACUUCAGCCCAGGAAAGAAAGCAUGUAAAAGAAGAUUAAAACACAUUUAGUGCGGUCUCCCUGUCAAAUAGCCCUUUGAGUUGCGUGCGGCUCUCUACGGUUGAUAGAGAAAGGAGCGGACGAGCCAAGCAAGUGACAGUGAAAAGAGAUCGAAAGGACGUGGCAGACAGUUAUACCAUGCAGGUGAAUGAUGGCCCCAGCAGUCACCCCAUUUUUGUGGCUCCUGUUAACGGAAAUGCUCAGCGGUCGUCAGGAUAUGUUCCAGGCAGGAUUGUUCCAGUUCGUUCUCCACCACCAGCCAAGGCUCCUCCACCGCCCCCACUGAAGCCCCCGGUCCCGCCCCCUGCACGACCAUCGGUUUUUAAUCUGUCAGAAGAUGAGAGCAGAAGGGAGCGUGCCCAGAACCAGCAGAGGAAGAACACUUAUAUUUGUGUUGGCGUGUUCUUCUGCGUUUUCCUACUGAUUCUCAUACUCGUCCUCAGUCUUGCCUCUAAAGAUGUGUUGGAUGAGAACUGCCCUGAUCACAACCCUGUGCUGCUCUCCUGGAACCCAGGCCAUGACCUCAAAAAGGUGGUGGUACGCAGUGGUGAGCAUUACCGUCUAGAUUCAUCUGCCACCCUGUACUCUAUCACUAUCCAGGCUGGAGGUUUGGUUGUCUUUGCCGAUGAUAAAAAAGGCUCAAAAAACAUUACAUUACGAACGCGCCACAUUUUGAUAGAAGAUGGCGGUGCUCUCCAUAUUGGGGCUCCAAAAUGCCGCUAUCGCUCCCUGGCUACCAUCACCCUGGUCGGCCGAUCGGAUGAAACCGCCGUGACUGAGGUUCCUGGCAUGGGCCACAAGUUUUUGGGUGUGAAUGCCGGAGGAACUCUGGAGCUCCACGGGUCAGAGAGGCUGUCCUGGACCUUCCUCACUCGCACCGUACCUGCUUCAGGUUUGGCUACCGGUGACCAUGGCUUCCAGAAGAACUUCAGCCGUGGAAUUAACCUGCGGGUGGUUGAUCAGGACACGGCGGAGGUGGUGAGCAACGAGCGUUUUGACACACACGAUUCCAGUAACGACAGUAAGAGGCUGAGUCAGCUGCUGAAGUCUCUACCUGCAGGACGCAUUGUCGCACUGGCCACCGGUGAUUCUGCGGUUAAGAGCCUGCUGGAAGAGACCAAGAGAACCAUCAAGGAUCUUCUAGGCAGCAGUCAUGUCAAUAAUCUCAAAUACAGGCAGGCAUGGGCCUUGGUCUCGGUAAUUGGUGGAGGAAAUGCUUCUUGCUCGGAAGACGUACGAGAACAUGAGAACCAUGACACCGGUGGCAAGGCGCUGGCUCGCCGAGAGUUCAGAGCAGGCAUGGGCCUUGGUCUCGGAAAGCCUCAGUUCACCCACGUGGGAGAGAUACUGGACGGUGUGGACAUGCGUGCGGAGGUGGCCCUCCUCUCAAGGAAUAUCCUCAUUCAUGGAGAAAUGGAAAACUCCUGCUACGGAAAAAAUUGGUGCCAGUACUUCAGCUACGACACCUUCGGGGGACACAUCAAGAUUUUGGGGAACUUCUCGUCGGUCCACUUGUCUCAGGUGGAGCUGAAACACAUGGGUCAGCAGCGGGAGAAGGGCAGAUACCCUGUGAACUUUCAUAGGUGUGGAGAUGUGGACCAGCGCGGGGGAUACAGUGACCACACCUAUCUGGACUCCCUCUCCAUCCAUCACUCCUUCUCCCGAUGUGUUGGCAUACAUGCCACUAAUGGCCUGCUGGUUAGGGACACAGUUGGCUAUGAUACACUGGGACAUUGUUUUUUCCUGGAGGACGGGAUUGAACAAAGGAACAUAUUUUUCCAUAACCUAGGCUUGUUGACCAGGCCAGGAACCAUUCUACCUACCGACCGCAAUGAUAGCAUGUGCACAGAAAUUACAGACAGGGUACACAAAGGAUAUGUACCAUCUCCUGCAAACGAGUGCAAGGCAGUGUCUACAUUUUGGAUCGCACACCCCAAUAAUCAUUUGAUCAGUAACUCAGCAGCUGGAUCACAGGAUGCAGGAAUUUGGUAUGUUUUCCACAAUUCCUCUACAGGUGAUUCUCAUGGACUGAUUCCGGAGACGAAAGCUGAGCUCACGCCUCUGGGCAUCUUCUUUAACAACCGUGUUCAUUCCAACUUUAAGGCUGGCCUCUUUAUUGAUAGAAAAGUCAAGAGCACCAACGCCACUGCAGCAGACCCACGUGAAUAUCUCUGUCUGGACAACAGCGCUAGGUUCAAGCCUCAUGAGAACUCUGAUCCAAACAGGCCACGGGUGACCGCAGUCAUCGAUACUCUCAUCUCCUUUAAAAACAACGAUCUGGGGGCCUGGAUCCGUGGAGGUGACAUCAUCAUACGAAACUCAGGAUUUGCAGACAAUGGUGUUGGACUCUCAUUUGCAAGUGAUGGCAGCUACCCUAAAGAUGAGGGCUCUAGUCAGGAGGUCUCCCAGUCUCUGUUUGUUGGUGAAAGCAGAAAUCGUGGCACCAAUGGAGGACAAAAUAAAUACUGGGGGAUCGGUGGAGUAGAUGGAAAGAUGAGGACUCUACCAAGAAACAAGACAUUUCCAAUCCGAGGUUUUCAGAUAAAUGAUGGUCCAGUGAGAAUCUUAGACAGCACGUUUCGGGCCUUCAGUCCAACGACAGAGCGCUUCAUCAUGGCUGUGGGAUUCAGCCUGAAAAACAUCUGGCAGCUGACACCCAGAAAUAACCUGUCGUCUCUCGCCUUCCAGCCUAGUGUAACUCUAAGGGCAUUUUUUGGCCGACCAGGCGAGUGGUUUGAGCAGAAUGAUCUGGACGGCGAUAAAAAUUCCAUCUUUCAUGACCUGGAUGGUUCAAUCAGCAAUUACACAGAUACGUAUGUGGCAAGGGCCGACAACUUCCUGAUCCGCCACCCUCAAUGUGUGGAUGUUCCUGAUUGGAAUGGGGUUGUGUGCAGCGGCAAGUACUUUCAGGUGUAUAUACAGACACAGGCUGCAUCUAAUCUGAGCCUAUCUAUCAGUAGAGAUGAAUACCCUGAUAAGCCAAUGGUUCUCAGAGGUAUCAGAAGCCAGACAGCUCCUUCUCAGCAGUACCAGCCUGUACUGAUGAUGGGCAAGAGCUACACGGUGCACUGGAAUGGACCUACACCCAGAGAAACAGUCCUGUCUCUUAUUAAUUUUGACCGGGGUGAUUGGGCUUUACUCGGCUUCUGCUACCCCAGUGAAACAGUCUUCCAGAUCACAUCAGACAUCUACAACAAGCAGAGCAACGGCUUUGAUGGCAUAGAAGACUACGGCCCUGUGUCAUCCAUUUCAGACCUAGAGAAGCGACAGCAGGAAAGGAAGUACUUUUUCGACAAAUCUGUUGGUUUGUUAUGGCUGUACACACGAGCUCGGCACAGACGAGACGGCUAUAGCUACUGCUCCACCGCAGGCUGUGAGAGAGUGAAGAUCAUCGCCACCAUACAUGCCAACCAAAAGACUCAGACCUGCAACUGCACUGCCAAUGCCUACCCCAAAUACAGAAAGCCUGCCAGCAACAUAGUGCCUAUGCCAAAGCCGAACACAGAGCCCUGCAGAGCCUGUGGGGCCUCACAGUUUGCCUUCUCCAGUGAUCCAUGGAACAGCUACCUCCAAACUCAGAUCAAAUCCCUCAGUGUAAAAGAAGAACAGAGUAAUGACACUCAAGCCUAUAUCACUGUGAAUGCAGAGAGGUUUGACCUCACCCAGUCAGGGUUCCUCAUAGUAACUGUGGACGCAUGCUCCGGAAAAGUCACAAAGAACUCGUUGUUUAUGACGCUGGACACUAAAAUGGAACAGUAUUUUAAAACUGGAAUUAUAAAGAGAUCGAUAGUUCUUCUUGCCACAAGAGGUCAGCCUGCUGGCAUUGCUGGUGCUGCACAAUAUCUGGUCCCUUUGAGUUCUGCUAAAGUGUUUGUGUCUAGGAUCCAGGAAGGAUGCAAAGUGUGCAACCUUGCAAGCGCUGCUGACAUCUGCAGGCGCUAG